UCUAAAUAUUAUUGCCAAACUGAAUAUAUAUUAAGCUGUCAGGUCUGGACACCUCAUGCGCCACCUUACAAGAAGGUUUGUUUAGUAGUCCAGCAACAAAACACAACAACAGCUGCUGCAACAAUAAUGGCCACCGUAGAUCAUAGCAGCAGUAGCACUAAAGCUCCGGUGACUCGAAAAUCGCGAUGGUCGCUUGCUGGAAUGACUGCUCUUGUCACGGGUGGCACUCGCGGAAUCGGGCAUGCUAUUGUGGAGGAAUUAGCGGAGUUGGGGGCAUGUGUUUACACGUGUUCACGCAAUGAGCAAGAGUUGAAUGAGCGAUUAGAAGAAUGGAGAGCUAAAGGCUUUGAUGUUACUGGUUCUGUCUGUGAUGUGUCUUCUGGUACCGAGAGAGAGCAGCUGUUUCAGAGGAUUUCUUCUUGUUUUGGUGGCAAGCUUCAUAUUCUCAUAAAUAAUGUUGGCACAAAUAUCAGGAGAGCAACUGAAAACUAUACAGCUGAACAAUAUUCAAUAGUCAUGGCUACCAAUUUGGAAGCUCCCUACCAUGCUUGUCAACUGGCUUAUCCUCUUUUGAAGGCGUCCGGAUCUGGAUGCAUAGUGUUCAAUUCGUCGGUAGCUGGUUUGGUGCACUUAGGUACUCCUGGAUCUGUCUAUGGAGCUGCUAAAGGCGCAAUCAAUCAGCUCACGAAGAAUUUGGCUUGUGAAUGGGCCAAAGAUAACAUUCGGACUAAUUGUGUUGCACCAGGGUACAUCAAAACACCACCUGUAGAGAAGUUAUUCGAGAGAAAGAACUUCUUAGAGCGUUUGGUGUCCCGGACCCCGCUUCGCCGUCCUGGAGAGACUGAAGAGGUGUCAUCGUUGGUGGCAUAUCUUUGUAUGCCUGCUGCUUCUUACAUCACUGGUCAGAUUAUUGCAAUCGAUGGGGGGCUUACUGUCAAUUGUUUUGAGCGUGUUGUCUGAUGGCUCUGUAUAGAGGCAGAGGUGUCAACUUGUUCACUUCUUAUAGUGAAUUUUUGUUGUUUUGACUUUAUUUUCUGUAGAUUGCAUCAGUCGUGAUGAGUAGUAAACACCUUCAAAUGAAUAAUGAUACUUCCCGGGUGGACAUUCUGGCAA